AUGUCGUCGACCACCUUGACGCCUAUCGUCCAACAGGCGGUCGAGCAUCGCCUCGAAGAGCUCGAACGCACCAAGAAGUCUUUCGAGCGGCGCUACCUCUCUGAAGCCGUGGAGUCUGAUCAGCCAAGUGUUAUCGUACGUCUUGAUAGGCUGCUGAACGGAGUGAAGAAUCUGGAGCCAAAGCUUGACGAAGAGGACGGCGAUUGGUUGACAGAGACUAUUAAACGAUGCAUCGAACAAGCCAAGGAUGACGGUGCGAUAUCCGAGAAGAAGCUGUUGAGGCUAGAGAAGAGCCUCCGCAAUAAACUGAGCAGGUUUCGCAACCGCAUGGAGGUGUCAUGUCUACACGCACAGCUCAUCAAGGAAGCUACAAACGCGGCUAAAAUCGAAACGGCGGCUACUAAGCUCGAGACUGUAGCACCAGACGACGAUGACGAUUUCGAAGUAGUCGAUAACGAAAGCGAAGAAGUUCUCGAAAAGUUCGAGAAAGCCUGUUCCCAGGCUACAAACGUGGACAACCAAUCGAUCGAGACCUAUCUUUCGAGCUUGUUCACGUCCGAAGACGAACACCUACAAUCGAUCCGAGACGGGAUGCAAGCAUACGGAGACGAUCUGAGCAGCGGAGAGAUUGAGGUAGAUGAGGAGUGCUUGACGUGGAUAAUGUCGGACUUGAUGAAGUCGGAACGGAUCAGCCCCGAGCGAAGAGCUACCCUCGCAGGGUAUCUGCAGUCACCCGAUGCAUUACGAGAGCUUGUCGCGACCUUGAACAUGAUGAGCUAUCGUGACUGGAAUUACAGAAACGCGGAGGCGGGCUUGCCAGUCGAAGUGCGCAAAACGAAGAGCGGCCAGCAUUACGUUCACGUCGAGGUAGACAUUAUCGACAUGUUGUUCCUGCAUUGCUGUGCGAUUGGGUGGGCCGUGAAGUUGAACGAGUGUCUGAAAGAAUUCGUUCACGAGUCGGGUCUGUUUCGCUGUGCUCUGUUGGCAGAAGCGGAGCUCGACAAACGUGCUUUCUUCUUCGACACACCUCGUCUUGCAUGUGGGGAUUAUCUGUCGCCACCACCGCCACCCUUACCUUACGUGUUCCAAUCAAUACCUCCUCCUCCCCCUGGUCUACCUCUGUACAACAGCAGAAAGGGUAGUCGAAAGAAGAAGAGGAGUGAUGAGAAGAUGUAUCCCAUAAUGCACCCGGCACCUCCACAGCCACCGCCAGCUGUGCCGAUGGAUGUAGAAAGUCUUCGAAGUGACAACUACAAACAGCAUUUCUUCAUGUCGCGUCUCCCUCACAAAGACGGCGAAGUACCCAAGAUUGUUUCGUCCGAAGACGUACAAGCAAGAUUGAUCAAGACUCUCGCUGUGGAAUGCAAACUUCGAAAGGCGUUCGAUGGCAAGGUGUGCGCUACAACUUUGGAGUUCGACUCAGUUGCCUCUACAAUUCCCCAUCAAACCAUCAUCACCGCAUUGAGGUUUCUUGGUGUCCCGGAAGUCUUCCUCGAGUUCUUUACUCGUGCUCUGGAGCCCAAGCUGGGCAUCCGAGGUUCAGCCAGUGAGGUGGAUAAACUCCUAACGCCUGCUAGUGGAGUAGCGGUUGCUCAUGGCCUGGAGAUGUUGUUCAGCGAAGCUGUGCUGUUGUUCCUCGAUCUUGCCACGCACAAAGCGACGAAGUCGUACAUGUACCGUUUGUAUGACCGCUGCUACUUUGUCGGUAUUGCGGACCAGGUCAAGAGUGCCGAGCAAGAAGCUGCCCGUUUCUCUGAUAUCAUGGGGAUGAAGCUGCGCAAUACCUCGUCCAUUGGCGGGCUCUCCAUCGGACUUUUGACCAUGGGCUCGCAGGAAUCCCUGACUUUCGAUAAGAGUGAGGAAUUAAGCGUGGAUGAGAUCAAAGUCGCCCUAUACGCAACCCACGUAAAAGCUAGGCUCAAAGCAUGCUCAACCGUACUGGAGUGGAUUCGCGAAUGGAAUGACAGUGUCGGUACCUACGCAGCACAGCUCUUCGGGCCUCUUGCCAAUGUGUUUGACGCAGCACAUCGCGAUGCCGUCAAGUCCGCUUACAGACGUAUCCACUCUAUCGUACUUGGUGGUAGUGACUUGACCACAUACGUUGUGAAGAUGCUCAACCCCCAUCUGAAAUGUGGUCUGGAGCGUAUGUCUUUUGAUCUUGAGCCCAUCAUCUACCUCCCGCAAUCUUAUGGUGGCCUCGGUGUAAAGACUCCGUUUGUCGCUUUAGCAUCCGCCGCCAAGAUUAGUGAAUCUGGUUCCGGAAGGAUUGAAGGAUAUCUCAGCGAAGAGGCUGCCUACUACGAAAAAGCCGCAGACCGAUACACUCUGGCGUCAGGCCAGCGUCAGCAAAGGCUCGAGACAAUCUUCAACAAUGACCUAUCAAGGAUGAUCUCAGCGCUUGGUUCUGAAACCACAUCCAGCGUAUGUCUCGACGCCCUUCCGUUCAUGACGGAAGCUGAGAUGACGGAACAUCGCGAACGUACUUCAUACCCACUGCUCACCAGUUACUUCUGGAAGCUCGGUCCAGUGACAGUGCCUGAUCUUCUCAGCCUCUAUCAUGAUCUACUUGGCGAGGACACUGUUCGCAUUGAAGAAAGUCAAAGGACCAAGCGGGAGGUACAACGUCUUUCCCGAACGAGGGAUCUGAAAGACUGGUACAGAGUGAGCCAGCUGGAAAAAUGGACGUUGCAGCUCUAUAGCGAAGAGUGCUUUGAAAGGUACGGCGGCCUUGAAAUCUGGUGGGCUGAGGGCAUGCCCGUGGAAGUCUACAACAGCCUCAGAGGUCACAUGGCGGAUGAUGACGACGACGGCGACGAUUGCGAAAACGACAAGAUGCUGUCCAAGCUGGCCUUUUUCCUCGCUUCUUCCAAUGUUGCUUUCUCUGCUCCAAGUCUCGACCCCCGUCAGGCAGUAACCAUUGCCGUGGACUCCAGUAAGACCUUCCAAACGAUUGACGGUUUCGGUAUCUCCGAGUUCUACGGUCGCGCUGGAAACAUCAAGUCUCUGGCAGCUGCUGCCCAGAAGCAAACUCUUGACCUUCUCUUCGAUCCUACUACCGGCGCAGGCUUCAACAUCCUGCGCAACGGCAUUGGCUCUGGCCCUUCCAGCGGCUUCUCUAUUGAGCCCAACAGCCCCGGAUCGCCCACUGGAACACCAAAGUACCAGUGGGAUGGCUCCGACAACAACCAGGUUUGGUUGACGAAGCAAGCGCAAGCCCGCGGCCUCAAGACCAUUUAUGCCGAUGCUUGGUCUGCUCCUGGGUUCAUGAAGACCAACGGUAAAGACUCGAACGGAGGAAGCCUUUGCGGUGUCGAUGGCACGUCCUGCGGCAACUGGACCCAAGCUUACGCCAACUACCUCACACAAUACGUCAAAUACUACAAGCAGGAGGGCAUUGACGUGACGCAUCUCGGCUUCUUGAACGAGCCCGACUAUACCACCGCAUACUCCUCCAUGCGAUCGACCGGACAGCAGGCCGCCGAUUUCAUCAAAGUCCUCGCUCCCACCGUCAAGGCCUCUGGUCUGAAGGUAAAGCUCACCUGCUGCGAUGCCACCGGCUAUAACGCUCAGAAGGCCAUGCUUCCAGGACUCGCUGCAGUCGAUUCCCUGUACGACGUCGUCACCACCCACGGUUACAGCUCCGACCCCACAGCCCCCUUCGCUACUUCCAAGCACAUGUGGAUGACUGAGACUGCGGAUCUCAGUGGCAAGUGGACAGCCAGCUACUACACCAACGGCGGUGCCGGCGAAGGUCAGACCUGGGCCUCCAAGAUCUACACUGCUCUCGUCGACGCAAACUUCUCGGCAUACCUCUACUGGGAGGGUGCCGAGGACGCCGGAACCAACCCUACCAACUCCGUCCUCAUUGACAUUCACGGUGGCGUCGUUGCGCCUUCCAAGCGCUUCUGGGCUAUGGCACAGUGGAGCCGCUUCGUCAAGCCUGGCGCCGUUCGCGUCAGCGCUGGUGGCAGGACCAGCACGCUCAAGACAUCUGCUUUCAAGAACACUGAUGGCUCAGUCGCUGUGCAGGUCUUGAACACUGGCGCGUCUGCAGCGACCGUCAGCAUCACUGGUGUCUCGGGUAAAGCGUCUGCGUUCAUCACCAACGAAAGCCACGGGCUUGAUGCGAUGACUGGAAACAGCGUGCCCGCACAUUCCAUGGUCACUUUCCUUUACAAGUAG